AUGGCCGACUCUCCCGCCGCCAUCACAGACGAAAAAGACCAGCCCGGAAUUCACAGUCAUGGAGUCGACCAGGACAAGAACAAAUCGGCCGACUCUGUCCCGACUCGGAAGCCGACCAUGGCUGAUUACUUCAGGGUUUUCUCUUACGCCACAAAAUGGGACUUUUGCAUCUAUGCCGUGGCAUGCUUCGCUUCGAUAGCAGGUGGUGCCACGAGUCCACUCAUGAACAUCGUCUUUGGGCAACUUGUCAAGCAAUUUACCGAAUACUUUAAAGAUCCCUCCAAAAUGUCGCCAGGCACCUUUAACAGUGUCUUGGAUCGACAAGCCCUUUACCUCGCGGGACUCUUCAUUGGUCGUUGGGGUCUGACUAGCAUCAACAAGUUCUGCUUCCAGAUGAUCGGUAUCCGUCUCUCCUCUCAGAUCCGUCUACACUACCUCGAGGCGCUCUUCGCGCAGCCCAUACAUGCCAUCGACUGCAUGCCCGCCGGGGGACCUGCGACCACCAUCACCGCGACUUCCACCACGCUGCAGAUUGGGAUAUCGGACAGACUGGGGACGUUUCUGCAGUUCUUGAGCACCAUUGUGGCGGCCUUCGUUGUUUCCUUCAUCUGGAGCUGGGAUCUUACCCUGGUCAUGAUGUCUCUCAUCCUAUACUCGCUUGUCGUCAUCUCGCUGGUUUUGCCGCCCGUUCUCAAGGGCCAGACCACGGCGGCGGAAGCCGAUACACAAGCUACAGCCAUUGCCAGUGAGGCGCUGGGUGGGAUACGACUCAUAGUUGCAUGUGGAGCACAGUCGCGCAUCAUAUCCGGUUACCAGAAGUGGGUAGACGAGGCAAGGAGGCGGGCUCACAAGGCAGCUCCUGCCUUGGGUGUUCAGUUCGGUUUGCUGUUCUUUGGCGUCUUCGGCUCAUUCGGUCUGGCAUUCUGGUAUGGCACCAAACGAUUCAUUGAUGGCGCCCUCAGCGAUGCAGGGGUUGUCAUUAUUGUGCUUUUCAACAUGACGAUCGUUCUCAACUCCCUCGAGCGCAUUGCGACUCCACUCGUAGCUGUCAGCAAAGCCAUGGUCGCCGCCUGCGAGUUCUUCACCGUGAUCGACACGCCGAAAUCCACCUCUGGAUCAGAAAAGCUGGAUGCCAUGUCGCAUGAUAUCAUAUUCGAAAAUGUCACCUUUGCGUACCCUAGUCGUCCCGAUGCUACUGUUCUCGAUGGUCUGAGCCUCUGCCUUCGCUCGGGCCAGAACACUGCUCUCGUCGGCCCGUCUGGGUCGGGCAAGAGCACUAUCGUCGGUCUGCUGGAACGGUGGUACUCCCUUGGAGACCAGUAUGGCACGACCCGCGCCGAUGAAGCUACAUCAUUCUCUCAAAAGAAGGAUACAGAGCCAACGCACGGAGAAGACCAUGACCGCGAUGAACCAGAGCAGCUCGAAGAGGCCAAGCCCAAGGCUUCAGGGUCAAUUGUUAUCGGCGGCCACAACCUGGAAGAGCUGGACACGAAGUGGUGGCGAUCACAAAUCGGAUUGGUGCAACAAGAGCCCUUUCUCUUCAACGAUACUAUUUACGCAAAUGUUGCCUACGGUUUGAUAGGAAGCCAGUGGGAGGACGAGCCGAUGGAGGAGAAGCGGCGACUGGGUUACGAUACCCAAGUAGGUGAUGGCGGUGCAAAGCUCUCGGGAGGUCAGAAGCAGCGCUUGGCCAUUGCCAGGAGCAUUAUUAAGAAGCCCUCGAUCAUUAUCCUUGAUGAGGCGACCAGUGCAAUCGAUGCGAGGAGCGAAAGGAUUGUGCAGGCCGCAUUAGACAAAGUCACGCGAAAUCGUACCACCAUCACCAUUGCCCAUCGUCUCUCCACCAUCAAAAAGGCCGACAACAUCAUCGUUCUGCAAAACGGGCGCGCGGUGGAACAGGGCACGCACCAGGAUCUGAUGACUUCUCCAGUGGGUAUUUACAGCGCCCUGGUGCGUGCUCAGUCUUUAGGGCUGUCUCACGCCCUGGCCUCCGACGAUGAGGGACACAUGACCGAUAAGACGCAAGAUCCAGGCCAUGAGGCCGAAAAGAUCAUCAUGGAAAAGAAGCGAGAUUCGACUGAGUUUCUGGUUCAGAAUGAGGGCACAGAUAAAUUGGCAACGACUGGAAAACCGCGGAGUCUGAUCCGCAGUUUCGGAGUUCUUCUGUAUAAUCAGCAUUCGCAGUGGCCAUACUACGUGAGCAUUGUUUUGUCCUCCAUGGCAACCGCUGCCGGCACUCCAGUCCAAGCCUACCUAUUCUCGAAAGUCAUCAGCGUCUUUCUUCUCACAGGAGACGACCUCAAGAGAGAAAGCAGCUUUUGGGGCUUGGCAUGGUUCUACCUUGCGGCCGGUGUUGGUCUUGCAUACCUGGCUGUAGGCUGGAUUGGCCUCAUUGUUCAGCAUAACAUCAGCGCCGUGUACAAAAAGCAGUAUCUCUCCGACAUGCUCUACCAGAAGCUUUCCUUCUUCGACCAGGACGCCAACUCCCACGGGACACUGAGCGCGCGUGUCGGAAGCGACGCCAAGCAGCUGGAAGAGCUCCUGGGCAUGAAUAUGGCGUUUCUUCUCUCGGGCGUCUUCAUAGCUCUGGGCAGCGUGAUCAUCGCGAUCAUAUUCGCCUGGAAGUUGGGCCUGAUCGCCACCUUCGUCACGAUGCCCAUUAUGCUGGCAGCGGGGUACUGGAAGUUCAGACAAGAAGUGACCUACGAGAAGAUGAACUCGGCCGUGUUCCAGGAAUCCUCGCAAUUCGCAACUGAGGCCAUCGGAGCCAUACGAACGGUCUCUUCUCUCACGAUGGAAGGAUCCAUCGGGAACCGGUACCGACAACUGUUAGACAACCACGUCAAAGAAGCACUCCAAAAGGGUCGAUGGACGUCUUUGCUGUAUGGUUUUGCCGACAGCGUUGGUCUUGCCUGUCAGGCUUUGGUAUUCUGGUAUGGUGGCAGGCGCCUUGUUAGUGGCGAAUACAGCCUCGAGGCCUUUUUUGUCUGCUUCAUGGCAAUUAUGCAAGGCGCAGAGUCAGCUAGCCAGUCUCUCGCAGUCGCCCCGAACGCCUCACAGGCCGCAGCCGCUGCAAAUCGCAUACUCGACGUUCACGACUCGGCCGACACUGACCGGCCCGAUGAUUCCAAGAACUCGGGCGAGGCUUCCCCCAUGGGCGAUAGCUGCGAUGGCAUGGAGAUCGAGUUGCAGGACGUGUCCUUUAGGUAUCCCACGCGGGACGCGCGCAUACUCGAUCAUCUGAGCCUCAAGAUUGAGAGAGGCCAGUACGCAGCGCUUGUAGGGCCGUCCGGCUGCGGAAAAACAACCAUAUUGUCCCUUUUGGAGAGAUUCUACGAACUUGGACCGCACCAAGGCUCGAUUACGUUCAACGGAGAGAACAUCAACGACCCGAACGUCUACGAAUACCGCAAGAACAUCUCGCUCGUGGCCCAAGAGCCCACCAUGUUCCGCGGCACAAUCCGCGACAACAUCCUCCUCGGCAUCGACGACCCAAGCUCCAUCCCUGACGAGAGGAUAAUGGAGGUCUGCCGCGACGCCUUCAUCCACGACUUUAUCAUCUCCCUCCCCGAGGGCUACGACACCGAGGUCGGUGCCCAGGGCAUCUCGCUGUCCGGCGGGCAGAAGCAGCGGGUGGCCGUGGCCCGGGCGCUCAUCCGCGACCCCAAGGUCCUCCUGCUGGACGAGGCGACGUCGGCGCUCGACUCGGAGUCGGAGAAGAUGGUCCAGGCUGCGUUGGAGAAGGCGCGCAACGGCCGGACUAUGAUCGCCGUGGCGCAUCGUCUGUCGACGAUCCAGAGCGCGGACGUGAUUUUCGUGUUUGAGCAGGGGAGGGUGGUGGAGAAGGGGACGCACGACGAGUUGGUCCACAAGGGGGAUGUGUACUGGGGAAUGUGCCAAGCUCAGGCGUUGGACAUGUAG